CAACGCAUGGAAGUGCCAGCAUCAACACGUUCUCCGGGGAUAUUAACUGCACGUUGAAAUCAAACGGCAUUUCAUCUUAUUUUUAACAUACAAACUUCUUCAGAGAAAAAAGAAAGCGUUGCUCAGUUUCUUGGUUUGAUUAAUGAUUACAUAAGCUAUCAAGCAAAACCAGUUUCUCCUAAGUACAGGUUGCAUCUUAACCUCAACCAUGCAAGCCAUGCUCUCAAACAAUACUGAGCAAAAUACGACUUCGCCGUACGAAGAUUGGACUAAUGUGUAUUCUGCGGUGAGAUGGAUUCAGUUAAUCAUGGCAGUUCUAAGCAUACUGGGCUCGGGAUCCAUAAUUGUGUAUGCAACUUUCCAGAAUCUGAUAAGAACCUCUGAGGUUCGACCGCUGUUCUUCCUGAGUGUGACAGACCUCCUGCUGGGUUUGAGCUGGCUGGUAGGGGCUGUCCUGUUCACCCACGCCUGUGAGAGCCACGCCACCUGCUACAACCUGCACACUGUCGAACAGGUAUUCUACAUGUCGUCCUUUUUCUACACUCUGAACUAUGUGUGGGUGCUCUACACAGGACUGAAGGAGAAGUACCACAGUAGACUCAGUGGCUACCCUGUUCAGUUCCCCAGGAGAGCCAGCUCGUUCGGCAAGAUUGCCACAGUCCUAUCAUGUGUGCUUCCAGUGCUGCUAAUGGUGCCAGUCUUUGCAGUGGGGAACUUGGACCAGUGUUUCAGCAACUUCAGCCAGCCCUACAAGUGUCUCCUGAUGCACACAGGGCCACUGUACUCUACCGCUGUGUACAGUGAGGUCGCCACUGCCUGCUCCAUCAUCCAUGUCUACGGCAUCGCUGUCUUCCUGACCACCUUCCUCAUCACCUUUGUGGGCAUCGUGGUGCUCAUGGGAAAAGCCCGCUCCCUCUACAAGCGCUGUGUCACUUCCAGUGGCUUCCUGGGCGGGCGGCAGUGGGCGACCCUGCGAGUAUUAGAGCGCCGCAUGCUGCUGUACCCGUCCGCCUUCUUCUUUUGCUGGGGCCCAGCUAUCAUCCUCGCUUCCAUGAUCCUUUUCAGCCCAAAAACAGUGGAGGGAGGGGUGGGAGUAGUUCUCUACAUUUCACAGGCCUUCACCUCAGCCUCGCAAGGCCUGCUCAACUGCUUGGUGUAUGGCUGGACGCAGCAGCACUUCCGGUCACUGAACAGAAGCGCUGUGCGGGAUGUGAACACGCAGACGCCGCUGCUGCGCGCGCAAAAGAGGGGCUACGAGGCCAUGCACUCCACAGGCAACGCGUAGCGCGAGAAAUGCUGCUGCAAUGCGCAGCCUCGUGACUGCAAGGACUCUGCUGCCGGCUGGGCUGAUAGACUGCUCGCACAGGUUGUGGGAGGACUGAGAAGACGACCCCCACUGGGAGGGCGGAGCCUCUUCUUUUCCAGGCAGCCCAAGUGGCUGAACCACAGCAACAACAAGAAAACUGUGCACCAUUGUAGAUAACCAACUGGAGCAGAGAAAGAGAAGGGCCUGGGGAAAUACAGAGAGAGGAAAAUCAAUGCAGAAACAGGAUCUGAGACUGCACCUGGCAACCCUAGGCCUAACGUUUAUAUGCUUGCUUUGGCAAAGUCAGAUGACUUUAUUCCAUAUUUAAAUAUAGGCCAAGCAGAUGUAUGAUGCAGUUCAAUCACACACGAAAUGUGAACUUUGUAAAUGUACAGUUUUUACAUUUAUCUGAAUUGCAUGCUUGUAAAUGAGAGACUGACAAUGAUCUCCUUUCAUGGUGGGCUGGUCCAUUCCAAUGUACUUUUUAUAGAUCCUUGUUUAAGGAACGGAGACUAGACUGUAGCAGAGUAGCAGAACUCAGACAAACGAUUUCCUCAUUCUGUGAUUACAAGGGACUUUUUACAAAGUGUUUUGGUGUGAUGCAGAUGUUUGACCCUCACCAUAAAGAGGAAAUGCAACCCACUUAUUGUGAGCACCUCUGCUUGCUUGUAGUACUGUAAACUUGCACUUGCUGCCAGGGCACAUCAGCAGAACAAUAUGUCUCCUAGAUCCAUGGUCCUUCCAUACUGGGCUUUGAGCUGACAAAGAAAACUGGGUCAGCUCUCCUUGUUAUCAUAGUGAAAUGAAAAGUGACACCAGCUCUUUGUCUGGAUCAAACCAUGACUGCACUGUAGCCUGUACCACAGCUGAACAUUCUGUAUUGACUGCCACU